UGGCGGGCCGACCAGCGGGCGGCCCGGGCCGGCGGUCGCCAUUCCCGUGUCGCUGCGCCCGCGGGGGCCGCCCGAGCCCGCCACGAUGCCACUGGGCCUGAAGCCCACCUGCAGCGUCUGCAAGACCACCUCGUCCUCCAUGUGGAAGAAGGGGAAGUGCCACACCCAGCCCGCUCCCCGGGGUCGGAGAGUUGAGUUGUUAAGGGAUGUUCUCCACGACAAACAGCAAACGAAUAGUUCUUGCCUUGGCCGAGACUUACUCGUGCACGUCCCCCAGUGCCCUAUUAGUAAGCAGGAAAUUCACAGGAGGUCUGCUCGGCUCAGAAACACUAAAUACAAAUCGGCUCCAGCUGCUGAAAAGAAAGUUUCCACUAAAGGAAAAGGGAGAAGACAUAUUUUUAAAUUAAAAAAUCCCAUCAAAGCUCCUGAGUCCGUUUCCACUAUAAUCACUGCAGAAUCAAUCUUCUACAAGGGAGUAUAUUACCAAAUUGGAGAUGUUGUUUCUGUGAUUGAUGAACAAGAUGGAAAGCCCUACUACGCUCAGAUCAGGGGCUUCAUCCAGGACCAGUAUUGUGAGAAAAGCGCUGCCCUGACGUGGCUCAUUCCUACCCUCUCGAGCCCCAGGGACCAGUUUGAUCCUGCAUCCUACAUCAUCGGACCAGAGGAGGAUCUUCCAAGGAAAAUGGAAUACUUGGAAUUUGUGUGUCAUGCACCUUCUGAAUAUUUCAAGUCACGUUCUUCGCCAUUUCCCACAGUUCCGACCAGACCAGAGAAGGGGUACAUAUGGACUCAUGUUGGACCUACUCCUGCAAUCACUAUUAAGGAAACAGUUGCCAACCAUUUGUAGUUUAGAAAGUGAAACUUAUUUCCAGUCAUCUUGUAUUCAUGCUUCUCUAAGACAUGCCGCGUGUUUCUUUCAUGAAAUUCUUAGAUGGGAAGAUGACUAGAAAUUUUUCCCUAACUACCCAGUAAUCAUUAGCUUGUUUAUUACUAGUCACUUGGAAAUUUAAAAGGGAUAGCAAGGAAUUAAAUAUAUUCUAUAUAUGUAUCUUCCCAGGCAAAGGCUGCAAUUCCCAAGGAGACCAGUAGGAACAGGUAGUAUCUAUUUUUUUCUUCGUGAUUUGUUUCUAGAAACUCAUUACAAUCAAUGGAUUGUAUUUUUCUGCUAGAACAAAACAUUAAUUAAGGUUUGGAUUUCUGACCACGGACUUAAUCAAAUAAAAUGUAGCUAUGACCAACUGUGUCUAUCACAAAGUUACACAAGGUUUAUUUCUUCAUCUAGAAAAUGCUAGAUAGACUGUUUAACCUUAAGGAAAGUGAUUGGUGGAUGAUUCUAUUAGCCUGAGCUUUUUCAAACUUCAUUCUGUAGCAAACAGAUUCAGAAUUAUUUUGUUGAUCGUCAUUGUUUUCAUCUCCCUUCUCAGUCAAGGUGAGGCUCCCAAUCAAGCCAUAAAAUUUUACAGUGCAGACAGCUUCAUGAAGAGCACACAGGAAUCACGUCAUGUUCAGGCAUCCCCCUUGGCAGUUUCUUGACUACCAUUAAAACAACCACUGGGCAGUCAUAAAAAUGACUUAUAGUUCAUAUGCGUUAAUAUCUAAAAAACAGUUCUACUUAAACAAUCUGCUGUAGACUCAUACUAACAGGCCUAAAAUAAAGUCUUAGACACCCUGAAUUGUCAGAAUUCAGGUGUAGGUUCUACUCAAGUGCAGGUCAGCUAAGGGAGGGAACAACAAUGUGGAAAUGGGAAGACGUGGGGAUUGCACACACGCACCUCUUCUACCCUGACAACCAGCGUUUUUCAACCCCAGGAAAAUUUGUCAAAUCUAAUUUAAUCAUAAUGAUUUUGAGUUGUAGCAGUUUUAACUGUUAACAUUUUUCUGCACAGCUAUGGUUUGUAUGUUAGAAGGAAGCAACUGUAGAUAGCUCUGUGUUCAGAGUUCUCUCCACAAAUGUUACUGUAAAGUUGAUUGUAAAUACCAUUGUAAAUAGCUAAGUGCCAAUAUUCAAACUUUUGGAUUAAAAUGUGUUUUUUACAUUGUA